UAGUUCUGUGUGAAAAAUUAGUGAAUUGUUACAUCUACAAGUAUGAGGAUGAACGUUUUACAGAUAGUUUGUGGUUUGAUUUUUGUGCUGCCUUUUUCCAGCUCUGACCCACGUAAAGUCGUCCGCUAUCAACCGCCGAAACCACGAUUUGAAAUUUUCGAUCCACAAGGAUUGAUCGUGUGGAUCAAUGCGGACCCAGGGAUUAGUUCGUUUACAUUUCACGGCAAACUUAAUCAACAGUUUACGCAGUACUACGAUGUGGGACGAUGGGCGCAAACGAUAACAAAAAUUAAAAAUGGCCGUUACCUAUUCAUCGAUCGUGAAGCCAAACUCAUUCCUGGCGAUACCAUAUUUUACCGCACAGUGAUCGUACGUAACGGGCAAACGUAUCGUACAAAUUCUGGAUCGUUUACCGUGCAAGAGUUGCGCCCAGCAGCAACCCCGGCACCUACAUCCGGUUCCGGUAUUGUACUACGCUCCGCUACGACCGAGAUGUCGUAUCCGUAUGUACUCACUCCGAUUGAACGACGGACUAAAGAAGUGAGAUCAACCGCAACGCAAACCGAUGAUUUUGAGGAUCGUAUGGCUAAAGGAUGUGACAAGGGUUACACCACUGUGAAUGGACGCACCGCGUGCGAUGGACAGCUUUUGUUUGAAGAUGAUUUUAACGGACACACGAUAGAUAUGCAGAAAUGGCGCAUCGAGAACCGUUUCGCGUCCGAUCCAGACAAUGAGUUUGUGGUUUACGCCGAUUUUAAAGACAACAUAAAGCUGCAGAACGGCAAACUAGCUAUCCGACCCACUCUAUUUGAGGAAAAGUUUGGACCUGGUGCGACUACUAAGCAGUUCCGGUUCGCCGAUGAGUGUACGGGUCAUCGUAGUUCGCGAGACUGUAUACGUGACACUAAGAUAGAUUUUGAUAUGAUUCCGCCCGUACUUACUGCGCAAAUUACCACCAUUAACAGCUUCCGAUUUAUGUAUGGGAGAGUGCUGAUCCGAGCAAAGCUACCACAAGGCAAUUGGAUAUUCCCUCAGUUGUACCUCAUACCAGCCACAGACUUUUACGGACGAGAUGGUUAUGCUUCGGGACUGAUGCGCAUUGCAUUCGUGCCCGGUGGGCCUCGCCUGCGUAACCAACUCUCCGGCGGGCUUAUAGUGAACGAUCGUGAACCGUUACGCUGUUCGAAGAUGUGCACGUUGACUAGAAGCGUACAGUGGAAUGCAGAUUAUCACGACUAUGGCCUAAAGUGGACACCGGAGGGAGUGUGGAUGGAAGUGGAUGGAGAAGUUUACUGCAAGAUUGAUCCUGGAGAAGGACUACACAAGGACAUUCAAUCUACCAAACCCCAAAUCGCUAACCUAUGGCGACUGAGCGGAACCCGAAUGGCUCCGUUUGAUAAGGAAUUCUAUCUAGGUCUUGGGGUAGGCGUUGGUGGACAUUACGAUUUUCAUCAGUUCGAUGGGAAACCAUGGAAGGAUUUGGGCGUGAAAGCGAUGUACACGUUUUGGAACGCUCGGGACAGUUGGUAUCCUACCUGGAAUGCGAACAGCACACUGUUGAUAGAUUUCAUUCGUGUUUAUGGCGUCUAA